CGCGGCCCGGAAGUGGAGCCGCCGCCGGAGCCACCAUGGCCGAGACCGACCCCAAGAGCGUCCAGGACCUGACGGCCGUGGUGCAGACAUUGCUCCAGCAAAUGCAGGACAAGUUUCAAACCAUGUCUGACCAAAUCAUUGGAAGAAUCGAUGACAUGAGCUGCCGCAUCGAUGACCUGGAGCGCAACAUCGCCGACCUGAUGAUGCAGGCGGGCGUGGAGGAGCUCGAGGGGGAGAACAAGACCCCGGCUUCCAACAAGGGCUAAAGUUGCCAACAACUCAAGAUAAGUCAUGGAAGAUUACUUUUUUUUCUACAAAUCCUUGGAAUUAAAAAAUGGCUCUUUGCAACUCCAGUGUGUGAAAGCAUUUUUAUAUUGUUACAGAGCUUGCAUUCCUAAUGUACAUUGUAUAGUUGGGGUAGGGUAGUUUCUAUUUUGAUUUUGUGUACUGUAAUUUCACUUUUUGAAUUCUUGUAACGAGGAUCACUUGGUUGUGUUAUUAAAACACAGAUCUUAUGGAUCUCAACUCCUGGGUGUAUUUUUUUGUGGAGUCACUUUUUUCUCUUUCCUGUACUUUUCUAGAUGUUUCAUGUUUGAUAGCUCAGCAUUUAGUGACUCCCUCCAAAUGGGAACCUUGCCUUGUGAGUUUGUGGAGUGAAGCACAAGAUUGAAACUUAAUUAAUUGCAUUCAUUGUAGCUCUGAGCAUCAGGCACUCUCUAGUUGAGGAUUGUGUUGUCUUUCAUCCAUGUGAUAAAGGUGAUUUUUGGAAACAAGAGGCACUGAACAUCAAAACCAUCUCUCCUGCUGCUGGUGUUCCUGGAGCGUCAAGGAGAUGCAGGUUGACCAUGAGAGACAUCUGAGCAGCUACUGCCACCCCAGCUGUGACACCAGGAACUGCUCACAGAGCAAUCUCACCGUGGGACUGAAGGUUUUUAACAUGUCCCUUUGAUCCAUAACUGGAUUAAAGGGGUGGGAUUGGUGGACAGGGGUUGUGGCAAUGUCUGUGUGGGGUUUUCAGUGGGAAUCACUGCCUUGCUCACAGCAAAGCAGUGAUACAUGAACAAAAAAUGAGAGAAUCCAUGUAGAUUUUUAAAGCCUUCUCUCAGAAUAACUUCAAAAUAUUUGAUUUUUUUUUUGUUUGCUUUUCUAAUCACACCCACGUCUUUGGGCAUGGAGUGUGUAUUUAUUACAUUUUGGCCAUGGAAGGUGUGUUUGGGAGAGUCUGGACUUGUCACUUGUGAAGAAAAAUGACCAAUGUCAGCCAUUCCUGACAAUCACUGCAAUGCUCCUCCAGCUUCAAAUGCAAAUUUCAGCAAGCACUAGUGGCAGGCAGCAGUUGCAGGUGCACCACACUUCAGCUGCUCCUUAAAUGCCACCAAAUUAGCACUUGAGUGCUGUGAAGGCAAUAUGACAGGUCAUUUUUCCAAACUCACUGUAAUAAAAGCUCAUAAUAACGGGGGAAUUUUGUGAACAUGAGAAAUGUAUCAAUAUAUAUACUUGUAAUACCAGCCUUAGGUCCUUUGUAAUGUCAUUUCAAAAAAAAAAAUCUAAUAAAUGGUUAUGUGGUAACAAA